AUUUCCUCGGCCCUGCUCCCUGCCCGUUUCUGCGAAAUCAACAAGAGACGACGGCGAGCUAGUAUCUGCAAGCCCCGGGCCGACACGGUGCUGGUCAGGGCAGCUCUCUCCAGACAGGAGGAGGGGGGGGACGCAACUGGUAUUUUUUUUUUUCCUCCUCAGUGUUUCCCUGCCUCACCGCUCCACACACAGCAGGAGACGACAUUCAGUCGGUGGACAGAAACAAGCGGAUAUUGUUGGGAUGGAUGGACCAAGUGAGCAGUUUUCGCCGUGAGACUGGCGCUAAUUUGGACGUCCUGAGCAGCAGGUGUACUGAAGGAUAAAGCAGACUAAAGGCAAUCUCAGUGUUCAUGAAACUUUGCUACGAUUUACGUGCUGGGGUUGCCGUCCGCCAUGUUAAGGUAAAGCCCAGGUGCGCGGUGUUGACCAUGCUAAAGCGCCUGGACAAGAUCCGCUUCCGAGGCCCCAGGACGAGAGACGACUUCCCGGAUUUGGCCGAGUCGCCGCCCGCCUCCGACAACGAAUGUAGCGACGACAUGCAGCUGAAGCCCAGGACAGCUGUGCGAGACACAGAGGAGAUCCUGCGAGACCCUGCAGGUUCGGGGUCUCCCACCAUGGCUGCGGCCAUCCAGGACUUCCAGAGGUCGGAGUCAGACCGACUCAAUGAAGUCAAAGGUCACCUGGAAAUUGCCUUAUUGGAGAAACAUUUCCUACAGGAGGAGCUGAGGAAGCUGCGGGAAGAGACCAAUGUGGACUCUCUGCGGCAGGAGCUGGAGAGAGAACGGAGCAAGCGGAUAGACCUGGAGCAGAAAAUGAAUGAGGUGCUCAAGACCCGGCUUGAGGACUCUCCACCACAGCCUCCCCGGAAACAGCAGUCGCCCUCAAACAAUGGAACAGCAGAUAAACAGCAGAAGGAGGUGUGGAGUUCGCGGCUGCAGAAGUGGUUGUACGAGCGUUUCGGGGUUUACAUCGAAGACUUUCGAUUCCAGCCGGAGGAAAGCACCGUGGAGGCCGAGGAACCACUAAGUGCUAAAAGGUUAACAGAAAAUAUGAGGCGACUCAAGCGGGGAGCCAGACCCGUCACCAACUUCUUAAGGAACCUCUCCGCCUUAUCGAAUUGGCACUCCGUCUACACCUCAGCUAUUGCCUUCAUUAUCUACAUGAAUGCUGCUUGGCAUGGCUGGGCCAUUCCCAUGUUACUCUUCCUGGCUAUCCUGCGCUUGUCCUUAAAUUACCUCAUCGCCAGAGGUUGGAGGAUCCAGUGGAGCAUUGUGCCUGAGGUCUCUGAACCCAUGGAGCCUCCAAAGGAAGACUUGACCGUAUCUGAGAAGUUUCAGCUCGUACUUGAUGUUGCACAAAAAGCACAGAACCUGUUUGGUAAAAUGGCCGAUGUUUUGGAGAAGAUAAAGAACUUGUUCAUGUGGGUGCAGCCGGAGAGCACCCGGAAACUUUACAUCUGCCUGUGGGUAGCUUUCAUCACCUCCUGCAUCCUGCCAUACAAACUAAUGGGCUUCAUGAUGGGUCUAUACGCCGGUAUCAAGUUCUUCAUCAUAGACUUCCUGUUCAAGAGCUGUCCGAAAUUGCGGGACAAGUAUGACACACCCUACAUCGUGUGGAACAGCCUUCCCACAGACCCUCAGCUCAAAGAGAGGACAAACGCCACUGUGUCGCGGCGGCUCUCUGGCACUGAGAAGGUUCAGCCGGUGGUUUCUCGGAGCAGUCUCGCCACCAUCCCAUGUGGGGUGAGCAGGGAGGAGGAGACAGGUCGCUCCCACAGCACCAAGAAGGGAGCGUUUCAUGAGAUCUUCAACCUGCUGGAGUCGGAGCGCCCUCUUGCGGUUUGUGAGAACGGCUGGAGGUGUUGCCUAAUAAACAGAGACAGGAAGAUGCCCACAGACUACAUCAGGAACGGAGUGCUCUACGUCACAGAGAAUUACCUGUGCUUUGAGAGCUCCAGCUCCAGAUCCAGCUCCUCCAAGAAGAAUAAAGUCAUCAAGCUGGUGGAUAUCACUGACAUACAGAAGUACAAGGUGCUGUCGGUCCUACCAGGAAGUGGGAUGGGCAUCUCUAUAGCUACUCCUUCCACUCAGAAGCCACUGGUGUUUGGUGCCAUGAUCCACAGAGAUGAGGCUUUCGAGGCCAUCUUUACUCAGUACAUGAAGAUCAUGACCACCACCAAACCACCGGCCAGCGCGGAGCUCUAGACAGCCCGUAUCCCAGCAACAGAUCUCCAUACAUAAGUCUGGGGCAGAGAGCCUCCUGAGAUUCAACUCGACUGGAAGAUGAUUUAGAAAACAGCACCACACUCCUCUGCUCUGCGUGAGCUGCCUCCUCUUGUGACGGGCAUCAGCUUCCUCAUCGAUGGUUAGCUUCGGUUGGUGGAUUUCCUAUUUGGGCCUCAUCAGAGGGGGACGUGUGGGUGCGUUGGCUACAUGUCUGCGUAGUUGGGAUUUAGUUGCAUCACACACUUUUUGUGAGAUAAUGAGCAAAAUCCGCUAACUGGUUGUAAGGAGGAGUGAGGAUCGGUGUGGUUUUUAUCAAUCAGCAGAAGGCUGGCGAGGGGGCUGGUUCUCUUCGCCCACCUGACUGACCAACUGACUGGCUGACUGGCUUCCUGACUUACUUGUUUCUGUGUUUGCAUGUGUGAGUGAGUGAAUGUGUGGGCAGAAAUUAUGGUCUUAAAUUGCGUCAAGUGUCUCUAUUUUUCUCUUAAGUAGUGAGUCAGCGGAGUGACUUCUGCUGUGGGUGGUAGAUUUCAAGAAGUGCUCAACCUGGCUGUCAAAUGAAUAUCAUGGAAGAUAAACUCGAGGUUCCUUUUUAACUGCCAGAAAUCUGUAGGAACAAAUGUGUAAAUUUUAGCUUUAUAAAUCAAAAAACAACCAUUGAUGUUGAAAUAUUUAGACAUUUAACUGGCUGAUCGGUGCCUCGUGGCAUAGCCCAACAAACAUUUUUUUUUGCGUUCAUGUGUGAGUGGUCAGUUUUUUUUUUUGAAUGUGUAUUAGCUGUGAAAAUGUCAGAUCACCAUUUGACUGACACAGAGCCUUUCUGUUAGUUUACAUUGCUGAUGUCUAAAUUUUCCUCUUCUUUCUAGACACAUUUCAGCAGCAACGGUGUGUUUUUUAGUCUUCUUUGUCGAUCUUACGGACGUUCAGCAUCCGCUUCGGUGUUUGUAAGUGUGCGUAUAUGGAGCGUGUAGUGAUUUCUUUUUUUCUUUUCAGAAAUGCCUUUCUUUUAAACAAAAAUGUCUCUUUGUAACAAACAGCCUUUUGGAUGAGUAACUGGUGGUCCUGGAGUUUGCGUCCAAGACAAGAGCACAACCGAUGUUAGAUGGUUCGAACGCUGACUGCCAUUCAGAGCGACAACACAGCUGAGAACACAUUCUCUCGUGUCCAAGCUUCUCUCCUCAAGGCACAAUCUGUACAUAUUUAGAGAGAUUUUCCUUUCUCCCAUUAACGGUAUUUGCCUUGCACUUUAUUAGAGCGUUAACUGGAAUUUCUGCCAUUUACGUUGCGGUGAAUUGACUCUAGAUGCUCACUAUUUCAGCUGGAAUCUCUGGUCAGUGUUGGCAAAACAGUCUCAAAGCUACACUUUUAUCCUGUAGGUAUUUCUUUGUCGUCUGACUGUGAACAGCCAGCGCUGGUCACAUCCUGCUGGUCUCAGUUCAGCACAGACGCGGUCUGAGCACUUUGUAUUAAUACCAGAUUGAUGUCUGCCACAGUGAGCCAGAGCAAUCUUCAAACUUCAAACCAUAAAAGAAGAAGCUAGUUUGACUUGAAAAUGAAACCACGGUAGAUAUCUACCCACAAAAGCCCCUUAAACAUUAAAUUGCCAGUGUGUGUGAUUUAGGGGAAUAUAUUGGCCGAAAUGGAAUAUACUAUAUAAUAAGUAUAUUUUAUUUAGUGUAUAAUCGCUGAAAAUGAGAAUUGUCGUGUUUUCGCUACCUUUGAAAGAGCAGUGAAAGAGUGUUUUUAAAUCACCAGGUCUAUAGUUUUGGACAGAAAGACCUCUUUGGAUAAUUUAGGUUGAAAACCUGAACAAUGAACCCUGAAGGAAUUCUAACCAGGAGACGUUUCAGCUUGCAGUAAUCUGCAAACCUUUUCUGUAGUUUCUGCUAAAUCUCCCUAAAUCUUAUGCACUGGACCUUAAAACAGGGUUCCCACAGUCAUGGAAAACCUGAAAAAGUAGUAGGAUUUUCUUAUGUGUAAUGAAAUUAACGGUUUCAGUAAUGUUCUGUGAAUAACCUUUCACAUAAGCAACGUGUGGAUGCCUGAUGUUUUGUUUACCAUCACGUACAUUUUUUUUCAUUUUUUCCCAUCUUUCGGUCUCUCCCUCUGUUUUCCAGCCAAUUGGAAUUUUAUUUAAAUAGAGUUUGAACCUGAUAUGUUUGACUCUUUGAAACCGAGGCGAAUUGAAUUGAUUUCUUUAAAAA